GAUAACCCAUCCUCGAAAUCUCUCUCUUUGUCCACAAAAUAAAAAUCUAUUUCUUGUGUUAGUGUUAAAAAUAAAGGAGAUCAGUUUGGGAGAAAGAAGCAAAGAUCAAAAAAAUGGCAGCAACAUUUGCAACACCAUCGACGGUGAUAGGCCUCGGAGGAUCAUCCAUCACCACCAAACCCUUCUCUUCAUCCUUUCUAAAACCAACAUUAAGCGCCAAGAACCCUCUAAGACUCGCUGGGGCAUCCGGAGGAAGAGUCACUUGCUUUGAGAGGAACUGGUUGAGGAGAGAUUUGAACGUGGUGGGAUUUGGGCUGAUCGGAUGGCUAGCUCCGUCGAGCAUUCCAGCGAUAAAUGGGAAGAGCCUGACGGGUCUCUUCUUCGAUAGCAUCGGAACUGAGCUCGCUCACUUCCCAACUCCUCCAGCCGUCACUUCACAGUUCUGGUUGUGGUUGGUUACGUGGCACUUAGGCCUCUUCCUCUGCCUCACUUUCGGACAAAUCGGAUUCAAGGGCAGGACUGAGGAUUACUUCUAAGGAUAACUAUUCCUCUUCCAUUUGUACUAUAUGUUCUCUCUCUUGGUUAUGUGUAAUGUUAUCAAUCAAAACAAAGCUUUCUUUGCUAUUUGAUGUUUCAUUCUAUAUAUCGACAAGUCUUUCGUAAUGAUCUUGAUUUUAAGAAUGUUGCCAGUCUAACUAAAGUGGCAAAUGUUAA